AUGACCAAGGUCAAAAUCCUAAGGAGUAGGAGAAAAAAGGCAGAAAGGCGGAGGAGGGAGCUUUUGAAGGAGAGUAACACCAAAGCAAUUAGAAUCGAGAUCCAAGCCGGGUCAAUAGGGGGCAUACGUCUCAAAUCAAUAACAAAUAGGGUUCGGGGAGACACUAGGGCCCUGUCUCUCUCACUCACAUCAGAUCUCAGGAGUAAGGAAGAUAACAACGUUCAGCAAAAUCCCAGAUCGGGAAACUCCGAUAACAGGAUCAAACAGGAAGCAGCCCAAGAGAAGCACUGA